AUGGAUGGAUGGGAAGGGAUAGGUGAUGUAUUACAACAAGCAAUGAUGGGUCUCUCUCUAGUCUUCUGUUGCAAUAUAAUAAUUAAAAGUGAAGAUAAGGAUCGAGGUGGAGUAUGGUUCUAG